AUGGUAUCACCACAUCUAAAUCCAAAUGAAGAACCGUCUUCAGGAGGAAGCAUAGUUGUAUCACAAAUAACUAAUGUUGGUUCUGGAACUGUGUCUGCGGUUUCGACUGCACAUGGUGGACCAAUAUUGACACCAUAUCAGCUUGAGACUCCAAGGCCGAUGAUGAUGGGAACUUCAAGGCAGGUUCAACAAGACGCAAUGGUUGGGGAACAAAAUUUAGAGGCUAUUGUCGAACGAAUCAUAGUUCGAAACGGGGUAAACCCAGGCCUUCAAAGGCCAACAUAUUUGUCCCCCUUACCAGAUUUUGUUUUACAAACAAAAUUACCUAGGGGAUGGAAGGUUCUAAAGUUCACCAAGUUCGUCGAAGACACUAAAGAGUCCACUAUCAAACAUGUUGUCGGAUAUCAAACCGAAGCUGGUGACAUAGCAAACAAUGAGGACUUGAAAAUGAAAUAUUUCCCAAGUUCCCUCACAAAGAAUGCGUUCACUUGGUUUAGAACGCUACCUCCACAAUCCGUCCAUAUAUGGACGCAAUUAGAGAGAUUAUUCCAUGAACAGUUCUACAUGGGACAGUCGAAAAUAAGUUUGAAAGAACUGGCCAGCGUCAAACAAAAGACCUUUGAGUCAGUCGAUCAAUAUCUCAACAUGUUUAGACUUUUAAAAGCUAAAUGCUUUACUCAAGUCCAUGAGCACAAAUUAGUCGAAAUAGUUGUAGGCGGUUUGGACUAUUCUAUCAGAAAAAAAUACCAUAAGAAAGAGAAAGUGUCUUAUGUAGCAGUUGAUGAAUACUCUUAUGACGAUGAAGAGAUUAUCGACGAAAGCGAGGUCAACGUGGUUGAGCUCAAGCCAGGACCUCCUUACACGUGUAAAUUGUUGGAGCCAUCAAACUGGAAAAGUCUCGUCGAAACGGAGAAAACGGAUAAAUACGUUGCUAAAACUUACACUUUUGAUGUGUCUAAAUGUGACGAGAUAUUUGAUUUGGAUUUGGUGCAGAAAGCUUUGAAGGAGGGCAAGCUUCAAUUUGGCGAAAGGCCAAAGAUGUAA